AUGCACCGACCAAAACUAAGAACCAGAAGUUCAAAACCAGAAGAACCAAUGCGUAUCGCGGAAAAAGUUUUGCUUUCAUCUGGCUACGAAAUGCCAGUGAUUGGAUAUGGAACGUGGCAAAUUCCAAAGAGUACAGCCGCGGAACAAGUACGGGAAGCACUGGAAUUCGGAUACCGUCAUAUUGAUAUGGCACACGGCUUCAAUAAUACAACAGAGAUUUUUGAAUCAAUCAGAGAUUGGAUGAAAGUUCGAAAAUUUCAAAGAGACGAAAUUUUCUUAUCAGCAAAAAUCUGGAAUACACAUCACUCAAAAGCAAAAGCCACCGAGCAAAUCGACGAGAUGCUUCAGAUGCUCGAUACACCAUACAUGGAUUUGAUCGUCAUUCACUGGCCAUACGGUUGGGCGGAAGAUGAUGGGAUGUUUCCUCGGGGAAACGAUGGAAAACCAAUAUUUUCGAAUAUCGACUACCUGGAGACAUGGGAAGCUUUGGAAGAAGCUCAUCAAACAGGAAAAGUCAGGUCGAUUGGAGUUGCCAAUUUCAAUUUAUCCCAACUGGAUCGUAUUUACACAAAAGGAACCGUCAAACCGUCCGUGUUACAAGCCGAAAUCAAUCCAUACUUCACUCAAAAAGAUGUAAUUAACUACUGUAAAGCGAGAAACAUUAUGAUUACUGCAAUGAUGAUAACCGGAAAUCCUGGAUCCACUUUUUAUCGAAAAUAUGAAGAUCCAAACUUGCUGUUCGACGAAACAUUGAUCAGUAUUGCGAAAAAUCAUGGAAAGACUGUCACCCAAGUUCUCAUUCGUUGGAUCCUCGAUCUUGGUCUCGUUGCUCUGAUAAAAUCCAAUGAAAACAAAAGAAUUCGACAGAACUUCAACGUCUUCAAAUUCAAAUUGACGCCCGAACAAAUUGAGCGCAUCGAUUCACUCAACAAAAAUUUCCGUAUUUUAUGGCCCAUCCUUGGAAACUACAAUCAUCCACACUUUCCUUGGCCAUACAAAGCGGAUAGGAGCUAA